CUUCUUCAGCGGGGUUUUCCGAGAUGAUUCAUGCAAAACAAAUAUUCACACCGCCGCCCGAUGUCCCGGGGUGAGAGGCGGACAGCGACGCUUCCUCGCCGGGUUCAGCAUGUCUGCAGAAUAUUGUUGCAAAGCUUGCUGUCUUUCGGUGUACCACAUCAAGCGCCUGUCGGGAUGUUCAGAACAGAGUGUCUGGAUCGGCAUUUCUCCCUUGUGGUCAAGUCCAGCUUCCUGGGAAGCACAUUCCGAUUUGACAUCGAAGGGGACAGCGGCGUCCAUCCCGUAUCGGGCCGCAGGGCUGCCCAGUGCGGCUACACCGUGCUGCUGAACCCCGCGGGAGACCUGGUGCUGCGCGCCUCCUACCUGGCCUGCGACGUGGACAGUCAGGACGUCACAGGGCCGCAGCUGCUGGUGUGGUUCAUGAACACCGAGGCGGACGACAGCGAGAGCACGUACCCCUUCCUGUUAACCUGCCCCCUGCCACACUGGAGUCCCCGUGAGAUCGUCUGUGAAGAAAACUACAUGGAGUGUGUUGUCUCAUCCUCGCACCAGGGUUCGGAAGAGGGGGGGACAAAGGAGUGGCGGGUUGUGUUCAGUGUCCCCGCGAAGCCUUCAUCCUCACUGUCCGCUAUGAAGGAGGAGACGCUCUCCCUGAAGGAGGCGCAGCUCAUGGGUUACCAUGUCAACGCCACCGGCACGCGCAUCAUCCUGCGCUGCGCCUACUCCGCUCCCCACGCCUACGUCAUGCAGGAGAAGGGCGUCAUUCUGGAGGUGAUCAGUGCCACGGUGUUCUACAGGCACCAGUGGACUUUGCUCAUGGUGGACACCUCGCUGGCGUGCAACAUGCACAAAGGUGAGCUUGACGGCUCCUACAUCCUGUGGCGCUCCCCCCAGCUCCUGCCCCCCCUGGUGCAGGUCCCAUAUGAGGAAAAGGGGGCGGCAGUGGGUGUGGCCGGGAGUUUCUUGAGCGACUGCAAACUCCAGCAGAGGGGUUACCGCCUCAGCAUUGAGGACGGGGUUGUGGUGAUCGGGAUUCCUUUCGGCGCCGACGGGGGUUUCCUGAAGAGUCACGUGAUGCAUGGCAAGUACUCCCAGUCGUAUUCCAUAGACCUGUUCUACAUGCACCAGUGGCGGGAUGCCCAAUGGGACCUGACCCAGCACCGCUCCUUCCGGCAUCUGUGGACACCGGCCGUCCCUCGGACCCCCAGCAUUAUGAACCUCACUGUCCCUGCGGAGGGGGUGUUCUCAGUCAGCCUGGGGGCAUUCCCCCCCGAUGUGUCCCUCACCCACCUGACUGUUGGGGGCCACGUCGUUCCCAUUCCGGAUGCGGAGAAGUUCGGUCUUCUCGUAUCCCACGUGCCUUUGCCCAACGGCAGUCACUCCUACCUGCUGCAGGUCCCAUUUUCUCACCACCUUGUCGCCCAGAAGUACUUGGGAAACAGGUUCAGGAGAUACACGCUCCAGGUGAACUUCACCCUACUCCUGGUUCCCCAUGGGGAGACCUUCUCCCAUCCUGCCUCCGUGGUCUGUGAGCUACAGGACGUUGUCUUCCCCAAGAUUAAAGCUCAGUGCACUGAUGCCAGCAUAAGGCUGCAGCUGCAUUAUGGGAACAUGGAGGCCCAGUGGUGGCUGUACAUAGGAGGCCAUAGGCUAGAGCCAGAGCUGGUGGAUAAGGGGGGGUACUGGCUGGAGAAUGGACCGGGGUACCUUGGUGUGGAGGUACCGCUGUUUGGGCCGGGCAUGGCCUAUGAGGACCUCAGCCUCCAGGGGCUGGUUGCCAACCUGGUGAUAAGCCUGGUGGAUGUGGACACCGGCACGGCGGAACAUUCCUUCAUCCAGCGCUGCACCUUCCCCCUCAGGGAGCUCAUGGUGUGCCUCCCGGAUGGGCGGAUGGUGGUUCUGGUGGACACAGCAGGUGCCUUGCCUCCAGUGGACCCCCGGCACACCAGCCUGCUGGACCCGUCCUGCAAGCCGCAGGACAGCGACCACUCGCGGGCCCUCUUCAGCUUCAGGCUGAACUCCUGUGGCACCACAGUGAGCGUUGAGGAAAAUAACCUGGUGUUCAUAAACGAAGUCCGGUAUUCCCCGAAAGGCCAACCUGCACCCAACCAAUUCACUCACCCAUCAUACCGCUAUAGACGGCCAAUCGGAUGCCGCUAUCCCAUAAAUGGUACCCAGGAAAUGUUGAUCUACAAAUCCCGUGCAGCUGCUAAGAUCCCGCCCCUGACACGGCCUCGCAGGUCCUUGAAGGGCCAAUCCCGGUGGCUGUCUUUUAUCCGAGGCAACGUCUCCUGCACCCCUUGGUGUGGACUUUGGAGGUGACACUGGUGGCCCUGGGCUUUGAGGGGUGGGGGGAAUUGGGGACAGGUCCCCUCUGUGAGGGUGACCUAUUGGCUGUGCUCUGCCAACUUGUAUGAUCAUGUAUGUAAAUAUCUUUAAUAAAGUGUGGGUGUAUAUAUUCCUGUA